CACAUGGCGGAUUGCGCCUCCAUCGCCACAGAGCGGAGCUUGCCAUACGCCUUCCUCGUCAUGGACCUCAUCAUCUCCGCCGACAUCUCCAUCGCCGGCCCGGAUACGAAGAUGACAAAGAUUUGGAUCAUCCAAGACAGCACCUUCCGGAAGAAGUCCGGUGACGGAACCGGCGCUGGACCGAGUCGUGCCCGUGCCCGUGCCCCUGCCUCUGCUCCCGCCAAGGCGUCCUUACAGUCCAUAGCCAAUACUCUGAAUCGGCUAACCCUCACAGUGGAUGGCAUGGGGCAGUCAAUCGAGCGGAUGGAUUGGACGCUGCAACGUCAACACCAUGACAUGACAGCGUUCUUCUGUGGCAUCAACUAUGUCCCGCCGCCCUUUGACAGCACCAUCCUCGGCCAGAACUAUGAAGGCGAGGACGAGGAGGAUGACUCCUAUGCUCCGUCCUCCUCCCCCGACGAGGCCGAUUUUGAGGACGCGGUCGAUGGGGAUCCCAUGGACGUUGAGGAUGACGAAGAAGACGAUGACGCCGAAGACGAGGACGCCGCUGCCUAAACUCUUCUUCCUUUUCCAUCCUUCCUAUGAUUGUUUUUUAUUAUUUCCAUUCCGUUCUAUUCCACAUUUUCUCCUUUUUCAUGAAUAAAAGUUUACUUUUAUACUCCAAAGUUCACUUUUAAUUCUUUUUGUUAAUGUCAAAAGGGGAAGAUAUCAAGGUUAUGCAUAAAUUGAGGGGGAAUUA